AAAAGCCUAUAGCGCCCAUCUGGUGAGGAGCGUGUUGACGUCAACCUUGAGGAACAUGGAGAAGUGUGGAGCAUGCGCAGAAGGACACGUUGACGUCACCCUUUACUCAGGCCUUCUCUUGACUCCUCAUUGGUAGUAGAGACUGACCAAACAAUAGGCCUUGAGGUUGGACAUUCCUGGAGCCCCACUUCUCUCUGUGGCUUCGGCCCACUACUAGUCAUGGCCCGCAAGGUCCAAUGGCAAUAUAUAUACAUUGUGAGGAAUGAGAAUGGUGAGGAGAUAGCUGAGGUCUCCACCUUAGAGGCUGCCUUGGCGAUGGUGGGUGACAACCCUAGUGGAGGUGACGCGGGCUGCCUAAUGGAACUAAAUAACGGGGUCCGCCAUGUCCGUGAGAGCCAAAUCGGCUCUGAGGAGAGCAGUAGGGACGCGAACUCCUCUUCCUCGGGGCCUCACCAGGAGGAGCCAAGACCCUCAGCUGAGCCUGUGAUUCGGAUUCUGAGGCGCCGUUCAUCACAAAGGCGGCGGCGAACCACAUUGAAGUUCACACUGGGGCAGGUCGAGGAAAUGGAAAAAUUGUUCAAAGAAACCCAGUAUCCAGAUGCGCUUGCCAGGAAAGAACUUGCACAAGCUUUGAAUAUUCCUGAAGUCAAAGUGAAGACAUGGUUCGUCCAUCGGAGAGCAGAAGAGAGGAAGAGUCAGAGGCGUGUAGUAGUACAGAGCACACGUCCUCGUAUUGAAAAGGUCCUUCUCAUUAUCGAUAGGGACGACUAUCCCUAGAGUGCAAUCUUUGUUCAGAAGCUAGAGGGAGAUCUGGUGACACACGUACUCAAUGUCCAGCUUCACUAAAAUUCAGCACUCAUGUUAACAAUAAAAUCAUGAAUUUCCAAGUUA